AUGCUCGCGCGUGUCUUGAAGGGAACACCGGCUCUGCGCCGCUGCUUUUCCUCCGCGAGGGUUUCGCGAGCCGACUUUACCCAUGCGCAACAACCCAAGAGCCCCCCCCCCAUUGACGCGGAACAGGUCAUCGGCGCGGGCGUCGUUGGACUGGCAGUCGCACGACAGCUUGCUGCACGCGAAGGCACCUCGACGGUCCUCUUUGAACGGCACGAUGCCCCCGGCACCGAGACUAGCAGCCGCAACUCAGAGGUCAUCCAUGCAGGCCUCUACUACCCUGCCGACUCGCUGAAAACGCAGCUCUGCAUCCGCGGCCGAAACAUGCUCUACGAUCUUUGUGCCAAGCACGACAUCCCCCACCGUAACACCAAGAAAUGGAUUGUUGCCCAGACACCGGAGCAAUGGGAAGCCUGCCUAAAGGUCCAUAGACAUGCACAGGGGCUGGGCGACGCGCCGACCCGGCUGGUCGGCAGCGACGAAGCGGCCCGUCGUGAACCUGAUGUGAGAGCCGACGCGGGUAUCGUGGAGAGCGAGACAACCGGGAUCAUUGAUAGCCACUCGCUGAUGACAUAUCUACAUGGUGAUUUUGAGAACCUCGGCGGCGACACCGUGUUCAAGACGCGCGUGACGAAUGUUGAGGCCGUCAAUGGCGAGUUCAAGAUCACCGCCGUCUCCGACGAGGACGGUUCGGAGACAACUAUCACCACGGAAACACUGAUAAAUAGUGCUGGACACGGGGCAUGUGCUAUCAACAACCUCAUUCUCCCACCCGAGCGCCAUCGCGUGCCGCACUAUGCCAAGGGCACAUAUUUCUCCUAUGGCGCCUCGCGACCUCGUACUUCCGUGCUUGUCUACCCCGCCACAUUACCCGGCCACGGCGGAUUAGGAACGCAUUUGACGCUCGAUAUGGGUGGACGAAUCCGCUUCGGGCCUGACGUGGAGUGGGUUGAUGAUCCGACGGAUCUGAAGCCCAGCCCUACACGGCUGGAGCAAGCCAUUCCAGAGAUCCUGGCGUAUAUGCCCGGCGUUGAUCCGUCGGCCAUUGCGCUGGACUAUUGUGGGAUCAGGCCUAAGCUAGGCCGGGGCGCAGGUGUCAAUGUUGGGAAGACGUUCCAGGACUUUGUGAUACAGGAAGAGGAGGGCUUCCCUGGAUUUGUUAAUCUGCUGGGCAUUGAAAGUCCUGGGUUGACGAGCUCGCUCGCUAUUGGGGAAAUGGUUGACGGCAUUUUGUACAAAUGA